AUGGUUUCUCAAGAAAUCAUACAAAAACCAUGUAUAAAUGAAACUUCCGCAGAAUUUGUGGUUUUAUCCAAAUGCGAACAUCCAGAAGAGACAUUGGUAAUAAAAUAAUUAAUACUUAAACAAAUUUAAUAUAGCUUUUAUUAUAUAUUUUUUAUUUACUAUUUGUGUACUUAUACAUUUUUAAUUUAUUUAAUUAAUUAUAAAUAUUAUGUACAGGUUGUUGGUGAAGAAAUAAUUGUAAAUGAAAAAGAUACUUCUUUUGAAGAUGAUAUGAAUACAACAAUAUCUAUUGAAUACACAGAAAAUCCUACAUCGUUAGCUACAGAAAAUGCAACUAGUCAAAAGUGGUUUCCAAAUGAUGUGAAUAAAGAAGAUCUAUUGUUAUCAGAAUCAGAAGAAAGUGAAACAGAAAUAUAUACUAAAGUAGCAAAUGAUGAUCAAGAUGUAGAUGAAGAAACGAUAGCCACAUUUGUAACUGCUGCUGGUCAACAAUUAGCAUUAUAUGCAGUUGAAGACUCAGAUGAAAUUUUUGCUGUAGCAGUUUAUGAUGAAUCUGGUGAACCACCAACAAAUUUUCAAUUUCUAAUGAAACAAUUCUGAAGAUUGUGAGGACGAUGAUAAAAGUGAUGAUGAAUUUAUAGAACAAUCAACUGUACAAUAUAUUUUAUUUGAAGGAGAUCAGUCUGAUUCUGAAUUAACAUUCGACGAAAUUCACAAAACUCUUCAAAAUUUAAAAUCAAAUGCGACAAAAAAACAAAUGAAUAAAAAAACAAUUAGUAAAGAUCAAAAUAACUUUGGAAAUAUUAAAGAAACGGAAUAUGAAACUUCAAUAUACCAAAAUUCUAAUAUGAAUAAUAGGAUGCCUAAUACUUUAACUGAAAGAAAAUUAAAUCUAUUAGAUAGUCAACAGGAAUUAUUAGAGACAUUAGCAAAUUCAUCAGCAGAUUUGAUAUCAAGUAGUACAAAUUUAGAUAUUUCAAAUGGUUCAAUUGAAUAUACGUCACCCGAGUCAUCACAAAUACAGUAUAAAACUAAACGAUCCCGAAAACAACAAUUAAUUUCCGUGAAUCGUGAAGAUUCAGAAAUUAUUAUACAACCAGCGUCUCUUGUAACUGAAGAAGACAAUAAUGUUAGGAAAAGAGUAAGACGAAAUAGAAGAGUUGUGGCUCAUUCUGGAUAUCAUCGAAGAAAUAACAACUCAAAGAGAAUGAAAAGAGUGAAACGAAAAGAAGUCGAAAUUAUUGAAAUUGAUAUUGAUGAAGAAGAAAGUAUUCUACAGUCAGAACGAGAAGUUGUUGAAAUAACUAUAGAUGAUACUAAAGAUAAAUAUUCUAGCGAUAAAGAAAAUGAAAUUAUAAUGGUUGGAGAUUCCGAUGACGAAUCACAACAAUCGAAUUCAAAAACAAUUUUAUUACAAUGUCAACAUUGUUUAAGAAAUUUUAGGCAACAAAGAGCUCUAGAAACUCAUUUACGAGUUUGUUCAAAAUCGCCAUCUAAUGCAAUACGGUUUAGUGAACAACAAUUGAAACAUGUGAAUGGAACGACUGAAGAUACCGUUAAAAAACAAUACGCUUGUAAAAUAUGUCAACAAAAAUUCGAUGUAGUGGUAGCAUUAGCUCGUCAUGUACGUUCAGAACAUUCUCAACGGAAAAAACGUAGAUUUAGUAAAUUAUCUGUUGAACGACCAUCUAUAGAAGUUAAAGAAAAAAAGGAACGCAUUGAGUCAAAAAAACAAAUGACUAUGAUUAAAAAAAUUAAAAGAAAAAGAAAUCAAAGACCAAAAUGCACUUGGAAAGUAAAAAAAUUAAGUUGUUCUGAUUGUGGAAGAUGGUUCCCCAGUGUUGCCUUAUUAAGAGCACAUUGUUUACAACAUGGAACAAAGAAGUCAGAACAACAAAUACGCAGAUGUCAAAUAUGUAAAAAAUUAAUUAGAUCUAGAUUACUUUUUGUACAACAUUUGAAAAAACAUAAAAAUUUAGAAAAAAAUAUAAAGUCUAUACCAAAUAUUCAAAAGAAGUUACAUACUACCAGAUCAGUAACAAGUAAAAUUACAACGCUUAGAAAACGAGGUCGCACACGAAAACUUUGAUCUCUUCAAACAUCAACAUGUGAAAGUUCUAGAAAUUGGUGAUAUAUGACAAAUAUUGUUACUAUUUCUUCUAAUGUGAAAUAUGUAUAAUAAUAUGUUUAUACUUCCAAAUAAAAAUUGGAAAUAUUUAUAUGUUUCUUCAGAAAAAAUAAUCUUUAAAUUGCAUUAGAUACCUAGUUAAAUGUGUAUAUCAUUUAGUUAUGUAAUGUAUAUUAUAUAUAAUUUAAUUAUUACACAUUUGCAGUUUAAUGAUUAUAUUGACUAACUGAUUGACUUUAUUCUUUUUUCUGAUCAUUCAAUUCUUUAAGAAACAUCAAGUGCCGAAAAUUAA